UCUUCAAUCUUCAAACACAGUUUCAAGUUUCAACCAAAACACACACAGAGAGGGAAAAAGGAGAGAAAAUGGCUGGCGCUUUUGCUGGGUCAGUCGGAAUUGGCCUUCCAUGCUCCACCAAGCUCUCUCACACAACAUCUUCACGAUCCUCUCGUUUUGCCCGUGUCAAAAUGGCCGUCACUCUCGACGAGAAGAAGAAUUUCACUCUCAAGAAGUCUGAAGAGGCUUUCAAUGCUGCCAAGGAGCUAAUGCCUGGUGGAGUGAAUUCCCCUGUUCGUGCUUUCAAAUCUGUUGGUGGACAACCAAUUAUUAUCGAUUCUGUAAAGGGCUCUCACAUGUGGGAUAUUGAUGGUAAUGAAUAUGUUGAUUAUGUGGGUUCUUGGGGACCGGCGAUUAUUGGCCAUGCUGAUGAUGAGGUACUUGCUGCCCUAGCUGAAACAAUGAAGAAAGGAACCAGCUUUGGCGCCCCGUGCCUUUUAGAAAAUGUUUUAGCUGAGAUGGUGAUAUCUGCUGUUCCAAGCAUAGAAAUGGUUCGGUUUGUUAACUCUGGUACAGAAGCAUGCAUGGGCGUGCUUCGGCUUGCACGUGCUUUUACUGGCAAGGAGAAACUCAUAAAAUUUGAGGGAUGCUACCAUGGUCAUGCUGAUCCAUUCCUUGUCAAGGCUGGCAGUGGAGUGGCAACGUUGGGCCUUCCUGAUUCUCCUGGUGUCCCCAAAGCAGCUACCUACGAAACUCUUACUGCCCCCUUCAAUGAUAUAUCAGCUGUAGAAUCCAUUUUCAAUGCCAAUAAAGGAGAGAUUGCUGCAAUUAUCCUUGAGCCAGUUGUUGGAAAUUCCGGCUUCAUUCCUCCAAAACCUGAUUUUCUAAAUGCCAUACGCAAACUUACCAAGGAAAACGACGCUCUCCUCAUAUUUGACGAGGUCAUGACUGGAUUCCGUUUGUCUUACGGUGGAGCUCAGGAGUAUUUCGGAAUAACACCCGACUUAACAACACUUGGAAAGAUCAUUGGAGGUGGUCUGCCCGUCGGUGCAUAUGGUGGACGAAGAGAAAUCAUGGAAAUGGUGGCACCAGCAGGACCAAUGUACCAAGCAGGUACCUUGAGCGGGAAUCCAUUAGCAAUGACUGCAGGGAUACACACGCUAAAGCGAUUAAAAGAACCAGGAACCUACGAAUAUCUAGACAAGAUCACGAGUGAACUUGUUGAAGGUUUGGUGGCUGCUGGGAAGAAGGCUGGGCAUGCAAUAUGUGGAGGGUACAUAAAUGGGAUGUUUGGGUUUUUCUUCACUGAUGGCCCAGUUCACAACUUUGAAGAUGCUAAGAAGAGUGACACUGCCAAAUUUGGUAGGUUUUACAGGGGAAUGUUGGAGCAAGGUGUAUACUUUGCCCCUUCACAGUUUGAAGCAGGGUUUACCAGCUUGGCACAUACUUCAGAAGAUAUUCAACAUACUAUAGCAGCAGCUGAGAAGGUUUUCAAGCAAAUUUAGUUUAGAUGAUUUAUUGUCCUUCACUUUUUUCAUUGUCUAUCUUAUGAAAAAAUUUUCCUGUAUCAUUUUGGUCUGCUUUUGUAACUGAGUGAGAGUUGAGUGAGAACUUCCUCUUAGGAGAUUUGUAUCUUCCUGAUUGUAUCUGAGUAAGUUGUCUAGUGUAAGUUCUUGAAGAUUGGCAGUAAUCUUUGUUUAAUACUUAUUUUCUACUAGCAAAUGACCUAAUAAAAAGACAAAACUUAAGGUA